CAAGAAGAUCGUCGACAUUUCAAACAGCCGGUAUCUAGUGCGGCUACCCGGUCGCACGGCCUGAUCUAGAAUACCUAAAACUCCGCCAACCAUACACUACACCAUGUCAUACCUGGCUCCUCUUCCUUUCAUAUUCCUGAAACUAUCGCAUCUCUUCCGUACACUUACCCUCCCCUCCCCUAUCUCCCAUACCUCUACCCCCUACUUUUUUCCUCGCCCGUCCUAUUUUGACAGCGUUCUUGCAUCCAGCGUUUCCGUUUGUUCUUUGCAUGAGGGGUACUCAUCUUCAUAUCUAAAAACAUGUCUUCCGAAGAUUUACUACUACUUCAUGACUCUCGCUUGCAACUUUCCACAUGAUUUCUACACGCAAUAAUCAGACAUUUUCGGAUUCGCGAAUCUUCGGGCUGGUACAGUGGGUUCGUUAGAUUGGAUAAUGUCGGUCCCUCGUUUUC